CACAUAGUAAGCGCUUAACAAAUGUCAUUAUUAUUAUUGUUUUUAUUACCAAGUUGCGCCACUUCCAGGGUAUUGCCCAAGGCGAGAUGAGUCCCUCCCCUGGGGCGGCAAUGCAAAUUUCCGGGCUGGGGAAGAGAGAGGAGCAUUAGUAAUCUUUCCCACCCCUCCCCUCCCCCUAGCCACUCUGCUCCUGAAUUCUCUCCCGGGAAUUUGCUGGCCCGGACUGCGGGCAAGGGGAGGGAACCGUGCAGAAAAAGCUCCCAGGCCGAAGCCAGCAAAGCCCAGCGCUACUUCCUGGAAAGUUACUUCUGUUUGGAGCUGGUGAUAGGCGAGAGCGUUCUCUGAAAUACGCCUAGUCUCAAUCGACUACAUUCCGGGAAUGAGAGAGGGCUGUAACAUCCCCCUUUCUCCUCCCCUCCUUUCCGCCCCCCUCCUUCCUUUUACCCCGUAGAAAAAAAAAAUGUUAGCUUACGAUGUGCAUGAAAAGUUUUAUUUUACUCUAAACACACUAAGGGAUGCUACAAUAGCCCCGAUCCAGUCAUUCAUCUCCCCAGGAUUCGAGACGGACGAGGCUCAGAGCCGGCUAUGCCCCUGGGGGUGGGGAAUGGUUUGGAGUCAGGUACGAUGGCUUUUUAAAUUUUUUUUAAAAUUUUUUUUCCGGGUGUUUGAGCGAAUGGGGGAGGAUUACGAGUCUUUGCAGGAAUGUGGCUUGCGAUGCCUCGCGUCCCACCAGGGUCUGGGGAGGGAUUAGAGCGAAGAGUGGUUUGAAAGUGGAUUUCCCUUUUGUAGUAUGCACCCCCGGCUGGUUCAACACCAGCCCCUCUCCUGGCAGAAAUUGGAAGAGAAGGGGAAAAGGAACUUUGGGAGGCACAGAGCCCUCUUGAAGCAGGAAAACUCCUUGCCAAGGUUCUGUUCCUGUAAUACCUCUGCUGGAGUCUCCCCCCGGCUUCCCUCUUUUAGUACCCAGGUAAACGAACCACCCUCCAAAGAGUUUCGGUCACUGCUGCAAUAGGGAACCACUGUCCAAGCCCUCCCCCCCUUCUUCUGUUGGAUUUCCGCUUGGUUUUUCCUUUAGAGAGUUCUUUUUUCCAGGCAGUAAUGUCAUUUGGGGUGACUUAACCGGGCUAGUGAAGAACAGCUGCCCGAGGAGCAGAGUUGUCAAAUCCUGAGGGGAGGACCUUGGGAGUUAAAUAUGCGCUUAAACCCACCCUUUUUCGUGAACCCUGACCUCCCGAGACAGGGCUGCUUACGUAAAGUAAGCCUUAAAAAAAGAUGGAAGACCCUGAAGAUUUAUUACUCAGGCACAGCAGAAUUCCCAUUGCUGAGAUCGGUGCAGUUGGUUCACUCUGCCAAGAUUUUAGAAGAAAUCUUGGACAGUGAAUUGAGGCAUCGGGCACAAACACAAUGGCUUUGCCAGCGGACAGUUGCAUCCAGUUCACCCGCCAUGCUAGUGAUGUCCUCCUCAACCUCAACCGCCUCAGAAGCCGGGAUAUCUUGACUGAUGUUGUCAUUGUGGUGAACCGAGAGCAGUUCCGGGCCCACAAGACGGUCCUCAUGGCUUGCAGCGGCCUAUUUUACAGCAUCUUCACAGAUCAGUUGAAGUGCAAUCUGAACAUGAUUAACCUAGAUCCAGAAAUCAACCCUGAGGGGUUCUGCAUCCUCCUGGACUUCAUGUAUACAUCUCGCCUGAACCUGCGGGAGAGCAACAUCAUGGCAGUCAUGGCCACCGCACUCUACCUGCAGAUGGAGCACGUUGUGGACACGUGCCGAAAGUUCAUCAAGGCCAGUGAAGCCGAGAUGAUCUCUGCCAUCAAGCCUUCGCGGGAAGAGUUUCUGGUUGGCCGCAUGCUGCUGCCCCAAGAUGUCAUGGCGUACCCUGGCCGGGAGAUGGGCGAGAGCAGCAUGCCACGCCGCAGUGCCCCCUUGUGUGACGGGCGAGCCUUCGCCCCCAACUUGUACAACAGCCUGCCUGCAUCUCCCGCCUCCUACCCUGUCUACAGCCACCUUCCCGUGAACAACUUUCUCUUCUCUGACGAUGAACUGAGAGAUGUCAGAAUGCCUAUGACGGACCUGCCCAGAGCCAACCCCUUCCCCAAAGAGCGAGGGCUGCCCUGCGAUAGUUCCAGGACAGUCCCCACGGACUACAACAGGGCCGCCAUGGAGGUCCCAUCCAGCCUGUGCCACGCCACCAUCUAUUCCCCCAAGGAAACGUCUCCUGAGGAGGUGAGGAGUGACAUGCACUACAGUGUGGCUGAGGGCCUCAAGACUGCUGCCCCCUUGGUCCGGAACAACCUUUACUUUCCCUGCGACAAAACCGGCAAGGAGGAGGAGAGAACCUCCUCGGAGGAUGAGAUCAGCCUACACUUUGAGGCCCCGAAUGCGCCCCUGAACCGGAAGGGCCUGGUGAGCCCCCAGAGCCCCCAGAAGUCGGACUGCCAGCCCAACUCCCCGACCGAGUCCAGCAGCAGCAAGAACGCCUGCAUCCGCCAGGGCUCGGGCUCCCCCGUGGCCAAGAGCCCCAGCGACCCAAAGGCAUGCAACUGGAAGAAGUAUAAGUUCAUUGUGCUCAAUUCGCUCAACCAGACCAACAAGACGGACGGCGCAGAGCCGGGUGACCCGGGACGCCUCUCCCCUCGCACCUAUGUCCCGGCAUCCUCCUGCCAGCAGUCCAUGGAGCCAGAGAACCUUGACAUCCAGUCCCCAACCAAGAUGAGCGCCAACGGGGAGGAUUCCACCGUCCCCCAGGCCAGCAGGCUUAACAACAUCGUCAACAGAUCUCUGGAUGGCUCCCCACGGAGCAGCAGCGAGAGCCACUCACCACUGUUCUCCCACUCAUCUAAGUGCAGUUCCUGCGGCUCCCAAUCCCCGCAGCAUGCUGAGAUGUGCCUUCACCCUCCGGGCUCCACCUUCCCUGAGGAGAUCGGGGAGACUCAGUCUGAGUACUCUGACUCCAGCUGUGAAAAUGGGGCUUUCUUUUGCAACGAGUGCGACUGCCGCUUCUCAGAAGAGGCCUCUCUCAAGAGGCACACCCUGCAGACUCACAGCGACAAGCCCUACAAGUGUGACCGCUGCCAAGCUUCCUUCCGCUACAAGGGCAAUCUUGCCAGCCACAAGACGGUCCACACAGGUGAGAAACCCUAUCGAUGCAACAUCUGUGGAGCCCAGUUCAACCGUCCGGCCAACCUGAAAACCCACACUCGCAUUCACUCUGGAGAGAAGCCGUACAAGUGCGAGACCUGUGGAGCUCGAUUUGUCCAGGUGGCACAUCUUCGCGCGCACGUGCUCAUCCACACUGGUGAGAAGCCCUACCCCUGUGAGAUCUGUGGCACUCGUUUUCGGCACCUGCAGACCCUCAAGAGCCACUUACGGAUACACACGGGAGAGAAGCCCUACCAUUGUGAGAAGUGUAACUUGCACUUCCGCCACAAGAGCCAGUUACGGCUUCACCUGCGGCAGAAGCACGGAGCCAUCACCAACACCAAGGUCCAAUACCGUGUCUCCUCGGCUGAGUUGCCCUCAGAGCUCCCCAAGGCUUGCUGAAGCUCACCUGCAGUGCUCGCCUCCUGCCUCCCCACCCCCUCCCCAGAAGCUAUCCAAAGGAUACUGUAACACUUUAAAAAUGUUCAUCCCAUGAUGUAGUGCCUCUUUCAUCCAUUAGUGCAGACCGUAGGUGGGGGAAAAAGAAAAUUUCCCUAGUGACAUAAAAGAAAUGAUCAGUCUAUCUGUAAAAUACUGUCAGCGGAAAAAGUCAUUUUACGUGGCGGCGCGGUGGAGUGUGUAUAAGCUUUGGAAUAUGACUUCACUCGUUCUGAAAAAUGAGGAAUGUAUAUGUUUUGUGGGAACAGAUGUUUCUUUUGUAUGUAAAUGUGCAUUCUUUUAAAAGAGAAUUCAGUAUGCUAUAAAAGAGAGGGCUUUAAUUUUUUAACCAAAGGUGAAGGAAUAUAUGGCAGAGUUGUAAAUAUAUAUAAAUAUAUAUAUAUAAAUAAAUAUAUAUAUAAACCUAAAAAAGAUAUAUUAAAAAAUAUAAAAAUGCAUUAAAGGCUCGAUUUUGUAUCUGCAGGCAGACACGGAUCUGAGAAUCUUUAUUGAGAUAGAGCACUUACAAAAUAUUUUAAAGUAUUGCAUCUGUAUAAGUAAGAAAAUAUUUUGUCUAAAACGCAUCAGUGUAUUUGUAUUUUUUUGCAAGUGAAGGUUUACAAUUUACAAAGUGUGUAUUAAAAGAAAACAAAAACAGCCGCAGAAGGAAGAAAUGUGUAAUUUUGUUCUAGUUUUCAGUUAGUAUAUAUAUAUACAUAUAUAUAUAUAUACACGUACAAUGUGUACUCACGGUGCCUUUUUCCAUGGAAGUUUUCAAUGUAUGGACUAUAUGAGCCCAAUUCCUUUAUGAGGUGCAGACAGACCCAUCGACUCAAAGUUGUCGCUAACUAAACUCUAUUUGGGAAUGUUUGUCUUAUUACAUGCUGCGUCAUGCUUGUGUUCUAAAUACUCCGGAGACAGGGUUUGGGCUGUGUCUAAACUGCAUUACUGCAUUGUAAAAUAUAGCUGUACAAAUAUGAGAAUAAAAUGAUGAAAAGUCA